ACAACCAAGAAAUUUCCCAUUCCACCCCUCUCCUCUCGCCGCGGGACCGAGGGAUCCCAUCGGCCGCUGCUCCAUGUCGUCGCUCGCCGUCGGCUGCGCGCUGGAGUUGGAACUCUGGCUCGGGGGCCUCUUCACGGCGGCGGACCUGGCGGCCGCCGACCUGCUCCUGCAGCUCCGCUUGGGAGAGGCGGAGGCGGCCGCGUUCAAGAUGACGUCCUCCUCGCGGCGCUCGGCGAGCUCGUGCUGCGAGGACCUCGCCGUCGACGCUGAGGAGGAGCGGAUCGUCAAGGAGACUGCCGUGUCUCUGGGGUCCAUGGAGCUGGACUGGAGGACGAGGAAGAGCUCGGCGAACUCGUGCUGCGAGAACCUCGCCGUGGACGAGGAGGAGGAGCGGGUCGUCAAGGAGAGGGCGCUGCCGCUGGGGUCGAUGGAGCUCGAAAGGAGGGCCAGGAAGAGGUACCGCCUGCUGUCAGAGCUCUACGCCGCCACGAGACCGGCGAAGGCCGCCGCCCCUGCCGCGAAGAAGAAGAGGAAGAGGCGUCACGACGGCGGCGAGUCGGAGUCGUGGUCCUGGUCGGAGGCGACGAGGUACGGAGACUACUAGGAGUUGAGAAGGGGCUUCUGUGUAAUUACGUCCGUGUCGUAGGGUCGUUUCGUUUCACCGUAGCUAUCUUUUCAGAGACGAAAUGGAAAACGACAAGAGAAAUCACAGCCUGUAUUGUUCAGCAGGAAGAGAAGAAAAAGAAGGUGGUUAGCGCCUCCACUUUUU